UCCGACAAGGUUUUUAUGAUUACCAGCAAAAGGUAGAAAAAGCCGAAGAAUUAUUUAAGAAUCGCCAGUAUAUUUUUUUCAAAAGUAAAAGUGAAAUAGUUAAAAAAAGGCUAUUACGCCUAGACUUUGCUAAAUUAGCCCAAAAAAACACUAUUACUCCUGGAAUUAGGCACGGCAAACAUUUAGAAGACCGUUUAGAAGAAGAGUUACGGAAAAAUAAUUUUAUUCCUCUUCGCUUAACCCUGAUUAAGGAAAAAGGCCCGUGGCGAAAUUUAAAAAAACAAGUUUUGCAAAAAAGCCAUAAUGAAAUAAUUUUGAAUAAUUUUCCUGCUUUUACUCAUAAUACUUACUUUCGUAGCCCUUAUGGUUCCCAAAAUUACCCGGAUUUUCUUAUUUUUACUAGCCAGUAUAUCAUUCCUAUUGAAUUGAAAGCCACCGACAAAGAAUAUCACAAACAAGACCGAAGUAGCAAAGAAAUUAUUCAAGCCGCCGCAAAAGCAGGAGUGAAAUAUAUCCUUAAUACCGGGCAAGAUAUGCCCACUAACCAGUUAUUACUUAGCCAACUAGUAGAAUUUCCUAACUUAUAUGAGAAGCAAUUAACUAAUCCGCGAAUUAUUGCGAUUGGCGAAAUUGAAUUAGCCCAAAAAUACAACUUACCAGUCUUAUUACAUAUUAGAGGAGAAGAAGAGGAACCAAAAUUUAGUGAAGUUUUUAAUGAGGCUUAUGAAAUAGUAAAAGAAACUGGAAUAAACAAGGCUCGCAAGUUUAUAGAUUUGGGAUUUUAUGUUUCUUUUGCGGGCAAUAUUACUUAUAAAAAUGCUAAAUUAAAGAAAAAAUGGGGGGGAGCACUAGUCAAAAUUCCCUUAGAAAAUUUAGUAGUAGAAACCGAUGCUCCUUAUUUAACUCCGGAACCUGAACGGGGAAAAAUUAAUUAUCCCCAAAACAUAAUUUAUACCCUAAAAAAAAUCGCCGAAAUUAAAAAAAUGGAACCGGAGAAAGUAGCCGAAAAAAUUUAUGCUAAUACUUUACGAUUAUUAGGGAUUUCUCAAUAG